ACACGGAAAGUAUGUGUAUUGUUUUCUUAUGGAAACAAGAAAGAAAAGAGUUACUUUGUAACUUUAAGUUUAUACUUGCUGCUAAUCGUGAUGAGUAUUUUAACAGACCUGCAAAGCCAGCCAAUUUCUGGCCAGGAGAACCAAACAUAAUUGGAGGACAAGACCAAACAAAAGGAUUUGAAGGCGGCGCGUGGUUGGCUAUGACGAAAUUUGGUAAACUUGGAUGUCUUACUAACAUUAGGACAGAUGAUCUACAUGCUGACGUAGAGAGUCAAAAGCGGUCGAGAGGAACGCUAGUUUCAAACUAUGUAAAAAGCAGUAUUGACGCCGCUUCGUAUUUGAAGCUGUUAACAGAAGAAAAGGAUUUAUAUAGACCAUUUAAUAUUCUUGCUGGUAAUGUCCUUGGAGAUUUAUUGUAUUUGAAUAAUGUUGAUGAUCAGUUAGCCGUGCCCUUGAAAAAAGGUUUUAGUGGUAUGACAAAUUCCGUUCUUAACUGCGAGUGGUUGAAGUUAAAACAUGGCAUGCAAAACUUUAAAGAUGCUAUUCAAAAAUCAACUUCCAGAGAAACUUUGAUAGAAAACUUGCUGACAAGUUUGUGCGAUAAGAAAAGAUUUUUUCCAGAUCCAGCAAUUACGGUAAAGAACUCGAAAAAUGAAAGUUUAUCAUCCGUCUUUAUACCUGAAGUUGAAUUUCCGCAAAGCGGUAUAUAUGGUACACGUACAAACACUAUCAUUCUUGUUGACCACCUGAACAAAGUGACAUUCUUUGAAAGAACGCUGGCUGACGCCGAGCAAUCUUCAACGCAGUGGUUACGCAACUGCUACGAUUUUAUAAUAGAUGCACCGAUCGUGUAGCUGUACUCUCAACGAAGGAGAGUUUCUUAUGGACUCCUCCAUGAUAUUUUAGGAUUUCCAAGUGAAACCACAGGUUGUAUCAGCAAGUUUUAUUUUCUCCGGAUACGGCAGAAGACAUUGCGAAUAUUGGUAGAAUUCUUAUAGAAGUUUAUAAAAUUUGAGACUUUGUUGUUAACUUGACGCAUCUUAUUGAUCAUCUGAGGGUCACUGGAAUUAUGUUCCAAAUGUUUAUAGACCACUGUCGUAGAAACUUUUAGUUACAACUGUCUUGUUUUCUUGACACAUUGCGAAUAUUUACGUCUUAGCCUGAUGUAAAUAGGCUCUAAAAGUAGAUAUAUAUAUACAAUUAUGAGUAACAAAAUUCUUAAUUUUUAAAUAUAAAUUUUAUUACAUUCUUAAAAAUUAGAAUUCUUUUUUUAUGGUUACGAGGUGCAAACAAGAAACAUUUGAUCUAUACGGUUA